AAAAGCAUGUUUCAUCCGGAGAAAGCGAAUUAAAACGGCCAAACUGAACCGAAACAAUGUGCGACUUCUCUUGCUAUGGCGGGGCGAGUGAUGAGUGGCUCGCCCUCGAAGCCAGCCUGCCCCCACCGCCACCACUCGGGCAGUCCGUCGAGGAGAAGAGGCGGGCCGUCAACGAGGGCCGCGAACAAGCCGCAGCCCAGGCCAUGGAGGCGCUGAGCCGCCGGGUGCGAACGAGGGACCAUUCCAUCCCCACACGCGACGGGUCGAAAAUCAAAGCCCGCAGCUACCGCCCGCGACAUGUAGACGGCAACGCAUCGGAGGACCACCCCCUGCCCGUGUACAUUCACCUCCAUGGCGGCGGCUUCUUGUUCGGCACCCUGGCCUCCGAGGACGCGACCUGCGCGCGCGUCUGCCUCAAUGCCCGGGUCGUGGUCCUCAACGUGAAUUACCGCCACACUCCGGAACAUGGCUACCCGAAGGCGUGGAAUGAUGUCGAGGACGCAUUCGAGUGGCUGCAUGAUAACAUGCAGCUUGUCGGCGGUGAUGCCGCGCGGGUGGUGGUGGGCGGCAUCUCGGCGGGUGCCCAGCUCACCGCCUCGCUGGUGCUGGGCAAACAUGUCGGAAGAGUGGCGGCCCCGCGCCCGGCCAUCGCCGGCCAGGUGCUGAUGAUCCCUGCGCUGGUCAACAUGGACUGCUACGAGCCCCAAGUGCGGAAGAUGAAGGAUCCGUCUGCCUCGUCGUACGAGGAGAACAAGGACGCGCCGAUCCUGCCCGUGUCGGCCUGCCGUUUCUUCACGGACCUGCUCAAGAUUGACCGGGCCGAGCUGGGCGCCGAGAACCUGAAGUUGAACCCGGGCAAUGCGGCUCCCGAGCAGGUGAAGGGGCUUCCGCCGACCGUAUUUGGGAUUGCCGGCCUGGAUCCCCUGAGAGAUGAGGGACUGCUUUAUGCGAAGAUGCUCACAGAGUCUGGGGUCCCCACCAAUGUGCACCUGUUCAAGGGUGUUCCCCAUGGGUUCAGGAGGUUCGGUGAUAAGUUGUCGGCAUCGAAGAAAUGGGACGAGGUCAUGGAGAACGGCAUUAGGUGGGCCCUUGGGAGCCACACUGCGUGCCCGGCGUUCUCAGUCCAUACCUGGUAGGCGGGCAGGCCAUCAGAAUUGGAGUGGGGAGCUUCAAGGGCGUAGUGAUAGAUCCGGCUGGGAAGAAGCUUAAAUGCGAUGUACCGUAAAUAGAGUCCCAGGGGGAGGGAGGCACUAGGUGGAUUCGGUGUCUGUGAUUUAUCUGUAGUUAACUGAC